CAUAUUUUCAGUGUCAGUUUUAGUUCAGAUUGGAUCAGAUCAGAUUGUGUGUUUGGAUGUUUUGUAAGGGUUAUUGCGAUUCAGAUGUUCUCCACAUGUGCAAAUCCACAAAACCAUGAGCAGGAUCCCAAUGCACUUCAACACGAAGGGAUGAUUAUGACAUAAAGGACAUUGCUCUCCCAGGUCAGUCACUGGACAGUGCGCACUGCUUGCUGUACAGAGCCACAUAAAAAGUAGUUUGACUGGAAGCAUUGAUCGUUCACACUUCCAAUCCAAGAUCCAAGAACGGAAUUAUACAGCAUUAUACCAGCUUCAAGUGUCAAUGUCAUUGAAAGGAUAAAUGCAGAACGCAACCUGUUUACAUAGCUCUAGCAUUGCACAUCCUUGUUGCCGACUGUACUAUUGAGUUUACACUGAAUGGACAUUUCGGACUAUAAAAGGCAGGAUGUCACACAUAAUGGAACUGGGAAUCUGAGAGAAAAAUAUAAUGGAUUCCUGGACGAUUUCAUUCUCACCCAGUAACUUCCCCAGUAAUCUGUCUGGACUCCCCAUGUAUGAUGGCAUUUUGCUUGGCAACAUAUCUGAAGAAGGCCUGAGAAAUGAGACUGACCACAUUUUUACCAGAACUAGCACAUUCGUCAUCACCUUCAUGUAUUUUGUGGUAUGCGCUAUUGGUCUUUGUGGAAAUGCGCUGGUCAUCUAUGUCAUCCUGCGCUAUGCCAAGAUGAAGACGGUGACGAAUAUCUACAUCCUGAACUUGGCAGUGGCAGAUGUUCUGUUUAUGCUAAGUUUGCCCUUCAUCGCUAUCCAGUUAGCGGUGGUGCACUGGCCAUUUGGGGCAGCUCUGUGCCGCGUGGUCAUGACUGUAGACUCUCUAAAUCAGUUCACCAGUAUUUUCUGUCUGAUGGUGAUGAGCAUUGAUCGAUACUUUGCCGUGGUUCACCCCAUAAAGUCAACCAAAUGGAGGAGGCCCAAUGUCGCAAAGACGAUCAAUCUGGCCGUGUGGGUCGUGUCGCUCAUCGUCAACCUCCCAAUUGUAAUCUACAGUGGACUGAUCACCAACCCUGAUGGCUGCUUCUGCACUAUUGUGUGGCCAGAGCCGCAGGAGGCCUACUACACCGCCUUCAUGUUCUACACCUUCUUCCUGGGUUUCUUCGUACCUCUAAUAGUCAUAUGUCUAUGCUAUUUGUUCAUUAUCAUCAAGGUCAAGUCUUCAGGGAUCAGGGUGAGCUCUAGCAAACGAAGGCAUUCUGAAAAGAAGGUGACUCGUAUGGUGUCCAUUGUGGUUGCCGUCUUCGUGUUCUGCUGGCUGCCUUUCUACAUCUUCAACGUGACAUCAGUUACAGGGACCAUUAGCACUACGCCUUUUUUAAGGAGCAUGUUUGCCUUUGUCGUGGUGCUUGGAUACGCCAAUAGCUGUGCAAACCCGAUAUUAUACGCUUUCUUGUCAGAAAACUUUAAGAAAAGUUUCCAGAAUGUUCUGUGCUUGAAAAAAGCAGGUGGUUUGGAUGAUGUUGAAUGCACUGACAGCAAACAGAACAAGUCACAAAUAAUGAAUGAUCCAAAAGAAACUCAAAACGCACUGCUAAAUGGAGACCUGCAAACCAAGGGUCUGAAAAAACAAGGGUCAUUACUAAGCAACCUAUAAACUGUGUGCCACAGAACACAUGGUGUCCACAAUGAGAGUAAGAGGAAACACAGCAAAUAUGAUUUCUUAGUUUCAAAUAUGAUGGCUUAGGUUCCUAAAUUUACAAAAUAAAAUGGAAGAGUUUAACCAUUUUUGGCCAUCAUGCAGUAUUUUACAUCCAAAAGUAAAAUUUUAACCAUUUCAUUGGUUAAAACCUGUAAGUAGUGUAAGUAAGUGCACUAUAAAAAAAAUAUGCUUUGAGUAUUUUUUUACUCUACUCAUAUACUAUGUAGAAUUUACAGAGUAUAGCUAGCAAGACUGUAUAGAACUGCAUUGCAUUGUAAGAUGUAUCACUCUAUUGUUGCAUCAUUAACAUGUAAAUAUUUUCAAAAGUUCGACAUCUAACUAAUCUGACUGAAUAGUUCCACUAGGGUAAUUCAUUAAGCCAAAAAUAGUGCCAAGGAUCUCUCUCAUUAUUUCUUAUUAUGCCACAUCACCUAAUGUGAAUCAGUAUGAUCAUUAAAUAGUCUAACAGUGCAAGGAUUCUAGUCUCUAUCCCAUUGAAGCAGCAUACUUUUAAGGUCAGACAGUAAUCUAGAGGGAUUUUAGAGAUUUUCCAAAUUUUAAUAGAAUGUCUACUUGAAAAAGGGCUAGAGCAUAAUUCCUUAUGUUCCUUCUGAGAUCAGGCAGGGACACAUGUAUCAUGAUCUUGGAUGAACUAAUUCAUUCAGACAUGUAUUGAAUUCAGUACUUGUAGAUUUGAAACAUAUCAUGAUUGUUCACACAUAGCAACGUGUCUAACAAAUUUGGUUAAGAUCUUUACCAUUGCAAAAGGCUUUAUUCGUGUCAACACUUCCACCUUCACUGUUCAAAAAAAGCUUCCCCCCCCCCCCCCCUAAGCUUUUGAAUACGUCAUUUUUUUCAAGCCAAACUUGCUGUGAAAUUCAUGCAAACUAGUCUUUGACUUUUUUACAGUAAAAAAAAAAAAAGAUAGAAAUAAGUCAUAAUUCUUAUUAGAAAGUGUAUCUCUGAGCUUCUUUUAUUUUGAUUUUUCACAUCUGUAAACAGCAUUCAUUGUUUUCAGAUUUAUAUAUUUUGACUGUCUGUGGAAUACAUUUGGUCACUCAUUAAAAUAAAAAUACUGUACUAAUUUCCCCUCAUGAUGCCACUGUAUUAAAGAUGUUUCAAAGUUAUGAUAAUGUGAAAUAUUAUAGGAUAUACAUAUACAUUA